CGCUUUAUUUCUGCUUUGCGUUCAAUCAAGAGCUGUGCUGCGCUGCUACUGCAUUAUUCUUGGGAAAAAAUUUCACUGUUGGCAGCGACUGAGAAAUAAAAUUGAAACGUCGACGUUCCGUUCCUUCCUCGGAGAAGAAACCCCCUUCGAAAUAAAAACAAACACUAAGCGUGCGUUCGCGCCAAAUAUUUAUUAACAAUUAGCAAGCGAAAGAAGCAAAUGCAUACCCUUACGGCUGCCAUUGAGAUGGACAAGCUGGAUGCCAAUUUGGAACAGCAGUUUGAUCUAAAUCUCAUCGAGGCUGUCAAACUGAAUCCCGUCAUAUACGACAGAUCGCACUACAACUACAAACACUUUGUCCGCAAAGCCCAGACAUGGAAACAAAUCGCCGAAACACUCGGAGUGCCUGAACAAAAAUGUACAAAGCGAUGGAAGAGUCUGCGCGACAAGUUUGCACGCGAGAUGAAGCUGUGCCAGGAAUCGCGCUGGCGCUACUUCAAACAAAUGCAAUUCCUUGUGGACAGCAUCAGGCAGUAUCGGGAAUCGUUGCUCGGAAAGUGUGCUAACGGCAGCCAGGGUAAUCAGGUGUCUGAUCCUCAACAGCAGCAGCAACAGCAAGCCGUGGUGGACAUCUUUACACAGCCAUUCAAUGGCAGCGCCACGACCUCGGCAGGGGCAUUGACCCAUCCGCACGAAAUCACUGUAACCAGUGACGCACAGCUGACGACUACCGUGGGCAAGGACCAGAAGCCAUAUUUCUACGAGCCGCCUCUUAAGCGGGAGCGCGGUGAGGAGGAGCACAGCGACAACAUGCUGAACUCCAUCAAGAUUUUCCAGAACAGUGUUUCACAGGGGGUCAGCGCUGAGGAUCAGUCGUUUGGCAUGGUCGUCACAGACAUGCUUAACACGCUGGGCGUGCGACAGAAAGCCGAGGCCAAGGUGCACAUAAUCAAGUAUCUAACUGACAUGCAGCUACUUGCCCAGCACAACAAGUACUAACUAUCGGGCGGCGGUCACCGGCAACUGCUUCAGCUGCUGCAAUUGGAGAGUGUCUUGUCCUGAGAUCAAAUAAACUGGCGGCCUCCCCCAUACACACACACACACAUAGACACACACGAACGCUUGCGAGUCGUGUGCGUUUACUUUCUCUAGGUUAUAACUAUUAAAAGUCAAACUAAAGUUUAAAACUAGACCUUAAGCCCCACGGCAUAUAUAUACAUAAAUAUAUAGAACAUAAUAGUACUUCCCUUAACCCAAAAGUAGACAAACAUAUAUAUAUUUAUAUGCUUAGUUGGCCCCAAGACCGAUUCAAUUCGUGCCCAGUUCUCAGCUCUGUAAAAAAGAAUGUGGAAAAAACUGAUUGUAAAAUUAUGCGUAGUUUGUUCAAACACUUUCUACGCAGCGAUGUACAUUUUUGACUACGAUUUAGUUGUAACUUGCCAUCGGGUUUUAGAUGUAAUUAAGUAAUUGCAGAUACGUUAUAUUAUUUUUUUAAGUUCUGUUGUAAUAUGCUGAAAACGCUUGAGAGAUACUUUGAAAUGCUUUAAAUAAGUACGUCAUUAAAAACCAUUUUACAUAUUGAGCGCA